AUGGCGCCCUUCAUCGUGAUCGGCCUGGUGCUCGGCCUGGACCUCCUCGCCUUCGUCCUCGCCAUCGGCGGAGAGCUGCCCCGGAGAGCGGAUUACGUGAACGUGUUGGUGUUCGACGACGACCCCGAGAGGCCGUUCUGCCUGUACGGGCAGGGCACGGAGGCGUCGACGUGGUAUGGCCCCGGCGCGAUCGUCCUGCUGAUGGCGGGGCAGGCCGUGGCCAUGGCCGCCACCCGGUGCUUCUGCUGCGGCCGCCCGCUCUCGCCCGGCCGCUGGCGCUCCUUCUCCGGCCUCUUCUUCAUCCUCUCCUGGUAA